AUGUCAGACAAUGUGCCUUUCGAAAUUCAAGAAGAAAUUAUCAAAAGGCUUCCUAUCAAAUCACUGAUCCGAUUCCAAUUGGUCUCUAAAGCCUGGAAGUCUCUCAUUGGCAGUAGUCAUUUUAUUGCAGAUUACAGCGCCCCACACCCACAGCUGCAACAUCUCCUCGUGAGGUAUGAUGACGGACAUACUUCUACGCCAAGAUAUUCUUCAGUUGUCGAUGAUCAUACAUUACCCAACAACCAGAGGGUUUCCCUCACUCCUCCCCAGUUGGUUAACUGGCUUAGACAUUCUAUAAUAACCGGCAGCUCUCAUGGCUUGUUGUGUUUGCGCUGUUUCUAUGGCGAUGAUGCUGUUGUUUUGCCUAAUUUUCCAUAUGGUCUUGGAACCAUAAUGGCUGUUAUUUGGAAUAUUUCAAUUAGAAAAGCUAUUGCUGUUGUUGUGCCUAAUGUGCUAGAUGUGGAAAUAUACACAACCUUUACAGGUUUUGGGGUUUGUCCAGAGACUAGUGACCCUAAGAUUGUCAAGAUCACACAAAUUAAUAGGUGGAGUGAUGCAGAAAGUGUAACUCUCAUCCCUUGGCAGGUUGAGGUUUUUACAGUAAGCUCAGGGGUUUGGAGAAGUCCAUAUAGCACCAAUCUCCCUCGUAAAUCAAUUCAAUUCAGCCGUUCGCAUGUUGGUGUAGAUGGGUUCUGUUAUUGGCUUGCUACUGAUAGGAGUACUAUAGAUCCUGGAUUUAAGGCUUAUAAUCUGAUUAUUUCAUUUCAUAUGACAAGUGAAGAAUUUACAGAAGUAAACCUUCCAGAUAGUUUAAUAUAUGAGGGGUCUGUUGAUUAUUUGAACAUCUCUAAUCUAAGGGACUCUCUUGUUGUGCUUGAUCAAAAUACGCAAGAGAAUGUUUGUUAUGUUUGGUCAAUGAAGGAUGGUGCAUCGAAGUCGUUUACAAAGCUAUUCACUAUUUACUCACCAGAUGCAACGCUACUAAGUGUACUAGAAUUUAGGAAAAGUGGUGAACCUGUAAUUGAAAUUGUAGAUAAUGAUGCUGACACGUGUUUUGUCCCGUCAUUGCUUGCCAUUUAUGAACCCAAAUCAAAGCACAUCAGUAAUCUUGGUUUUAAUGGAACAGGUUCAUUUUAUGUGCAUUCCUACAAGGAAACACUUAUUUUGCUUGACCAACCAGAUUUUACGGUUUAUGCCAAAGGUAAAGGCUACAUCGUUAAGCAGAGAGCUGAGAUUAUAAGCCUUUUGAAGCAUACAAGCAAGCAUUUAAUCGGAACGAAUUGUGAACGGAUUGUUGCUUCGAAGAGAGUAUUAACCUGCUCACGGCGGCGUCUACGUCGGCAAACUCCCAUAAAUCCGGCGGAGCUCCGUCUACUGAGUCCGCCAUUCACCGCGGAAGCAAUGGUUGCGGUGGUGGCGGUUAUUGAGGAAUUUGAUGUAGAAAUUGAUUGUGAUUUGAGAGAUUGA